GUCGCCGCGCUCCGACUCCGCUGCAGCGCGGCCCCGCGGCGUCUGAUUCACAGGGCUGUCGGUGGCGCUGUCGACGCGCAGCUGGGGCGCCCGCCGGCUGCCGGCGGGGUCAGCGAUGGCCCCCUGAACGGGCCCGAGCCGGCGGCAGCGGAGGACGGGCGGGUGCCGCGGCGCAGGCCCGGGUCGGCGGACGGAGGCCGGGCCGCGGCCUCUUUGUCUCGGCGGCGGCGGCGGCGGCGGCGGCGGCUGUCGCGUCCGCCGGGGCCCCGGAGCGGAAGUCCGUCGGCGCUCCCGGCGACCCGGCCGUCGCGGCCGCACCAUGAGCGACAUCCGCCACUCGCUGCUGCGCCGCGACGCGCUGAGCGCCGCCAAGGAGGUGCUGUACCACCUGGACAUCUAUUUCAGCAGCCAGCUGCAGAGCGCGCCGCUGCCCAUCGUGGACAAGGGCCCCGUGGAGCUGCUCGAGGAGUUCGUGUUCCAGGUGCCCAAGGAGCGCGGCGCGCAGCCCAAGAGAUUAAAUUCACUGCAGGAGCUCCAACUUCUUGAAAUCAUGUGCAAUUAUUUCCAGGAGCAAACCAAGGACUCUGUCCGGCAGAUUAUUUUUUCAUCCCUUUUCAGUCCCCAAGGGAACAAAGCGGAUGACAGCCGGAUGAGCUUGUUGGGAAAACUUGUCUCUAUGGCAGUGGCUGUGUGUCGAAUCCCAGUGUUGGAGUGUGCAGCGUCCUGGCUCCAGCGGACGCCUGUGGUCUGCUGUGUGCGGUUGGCCCGGGCCCUCGUGGACGACUACUGUUGCCUGGUGCCAGGAUCCGUUCAGACGCUGAAGCAGGUGUUCAGCGCCAGCCCUCGCUUCUGCUGCCAGUUCAUCACCUCUGUCACCGCACUGUACGACCUGUCAUCAGAUGAUCUCAUCCCCCCGUUGGACCUGCUUGAGAUGAUCGUCAACUGGAUCUUGGAGGACCCCAGGUUGAUCCUCAUCACCUUCCUGAAUACUCCAAUUGCCGCCAACCUCCCGAUAGGAUUUUUAGAGCUCACGCCGCUCACCGGAUUGAUCCGCUGGUGCGUGAAGGCCCCCCUGGCUCACAAAAGGAAGAAGAAGACCCCCUUAGCCAAUGGCCACGUCGCCGCCAAAGUCCCGAAGGACUCGGGCGGGGCGGAGCGGGACUCUCACCUCCUAUACUCCAAGCUGCACCUCAGCGUGCUGCAGGUGCUCCUGAUGCUGCAGGCCCACCUGACCGAGAAGAACCUGUACGGCCGCCUGGGGCUCGUCCUCUUUGACCACAUGGUCCCGCUGGUGGAGGAGGUGAACAGGUUGGCCGAUGAACUGAACCCCCUCAACGCCUCCCAGGAGAUCGAGCUCGCCCUGGACCGGCUUGCACAGGCUCUGCAGGUGGCCAUGGCCUCCGGGGCCCUGCUGUGCACGAGAGACGACCUGAGAACCCUGUGCUCCAGGCUGCCUCAUAAUAACCUGCUCCAGCUGGUGAUCUCGGGACCCGUGCAGCAAUCGCCCCACACGGCGCUCCCCCCUGGGUUCUACCCCCACAUCCACACGCCCCCACUGGGCUACGGGGCCGUGCCAGCCCACCCAGCUGCCCACCCUGCCCUGCCCACGCACCCUGGGCACACCUUCAUCUCAGGCAUGACCUUCCCGUUCAGGCCCAUCCACUAGCCUGGCUCUGUGAACUGCUGAGUUGGCACCGUGCCUUCCGUGCCUGGUUUGGAGGAAGCCUUCCCGGCAGAGGGCGGUGAGCGGAGAGGAGGCCAUGGGGGCGGCCAGGUGACCCCUCCUCACCACAGGACCUAGUUGGUGCCAAAGUUCGGUGACAUCAGCAUCUUUGCGCUUCCUCUCUGUCAACAUCUGUAAAAGUCCAGAUGCGACCAAUGAAAGGAAAAUCAUCCAGCCCUCUGCGGAGCCACGCGGGCACCUUUAGAAGCUGCCAGGGCUGUGAGCCUGUGGUCCGGCGUGUCGUUCAGACACACACCCUGAAGCUGUGCCAAGGGGCGUGGAUGGGGGCCAGCGUCGCCGAGUCCGCCUGCCUGGCUUUCCUCCCCGGGGGUGGGCUGCGUCCCACCGGGACACAGGCCACGCCCACAGCUCAGGGAGCAAGGCUGAACCACUGGCAUCGCGAGCUUGCACCCAGCACUUGGUACAGGUCAGGGAAUCCUGUGAGCGUGGCCCCCAGCACUGAGGAGAGGAACUUCUCUGUUUUAUUGGGUUCCCUAAAGUUUCUUUUCAUAUGUUCAAAUAAAUUUUUUCUAAAUGUC